AUGCGUAGGAGGAGGUCUCACAAGUGCGCGGCCCGAAUCUCACAGGAACCCGGACAAAAGUACUUGAUGUGGCUCGCUAAUAUUCUGACUAUUCGGAUGGUUGAAAUGCUCACUGGCCGGAUUGAAAAGGUUACCGGAGCAUGGAAGAUUUCCACUCAGCUCGGUCCAGACUUGGAGUCCCGACUUGCAGUUCAACUGUGGAAGAGGUGGCGGCUUCGAGGCGCAUUGACCCACUAUCGUCCAGGCUGGGCUAAGCCUGCACAGUUUUCACCUCCGCUGGCACCAAUUAACACCAACUGGCGAAAAUGGAGCUCUAUGACCAUCAGUCACGGAGGGUUCUGA